ACUCGCUCUUCCACUCCGGCACGUUUCAGUCUUUCUCGGGUCUGAUCUCUCAUGUGAUCUGAUGUGAUCUGAUCUGAUCUGAGCGGCUUUCCCCCAUGUGAAUGGGAAAACGGGAGCGACCCUGAGCUGCGCUGCGGGUUCCUUAUCGCUCCUCCAUCCGCCGUAUAAAAGCCGCGAACCGAAUGCGAGCGCGAGCAGUGCGGCACCGACCACGCGCGCGCCGUCUCCUUGCGUCUCCGUCCGUGUCCGAAGGUUUCCAAAGCAGCCGACGGUUCAUUUUUCACUCGUGGCAGAAUGAUGAGGCAGUCAGAGGUUUCCUCGUUCCUCUCCACGGGGCUCCAGUGUCUUGCGGUAGUGGCGGCGUUGCUCUGCAACAUCCAUCACGUGACAGCAGAGAAGGUUCAAGACCACAGUUCAGACCAUUCCAACAAAUCAGGGACCUGCGGGGGUAUAGUCGAGUGUGCCCCUGGAGUGAUUCUCCCAGUAUGGGAACCCCAAAACCCCUCUUUUGGGGACAAGGUGGCGCGGGCCACUGUGUACUUCGUGGCUUUGGUUUACAUGUUCCUCGGAGUUUCCAUCAUUGCAGAUCGUUUCAUGGCGUCCAUCGAGGUGAUCACCUCCCAGGAGAAAGAGAUCACCAUUAAGAAACCCAAUGGAGAAACAACCACCACCACUGUACGCAUCUGGAAUGAAACAGUGUCCAAUCUUACCCUCAUGGCCUUGGGUUCCUCUGCUCCAGAGAUCUUGCUUUCUGUCAUUGAGGUUUGUGGUCAUAACUUUGACGCAGGUGACCUUGGACCUUCCACUAUUGUUGGAAGUGCUGCCUUUAACAUGUUUGUGAUUAUCGGAAUCUGCGUCUACGUGGUUCCUGAUGGAGAACAUCGCAAAGUAAAGCACCUUCGUGUUUUCUUUGUCACCGCUGCCUGGAGCAUUUUUGCAUAUCUCUGGCUCUAUUUGAUCCUGGCAGUUAUCUCUCCGGGUGUUGUACAAGUUUGGGAAGGCCUCCUCACGCUUUUCUUCUUCCCCAUCUGUGUCGUCUUUGCCUGGAUUGCAGACCGCCGUUUACUCUUCUACAAAUACGUCUACAAACGUUACAGAACUGGCAAGCAUCGCGGGAUGAUCAUUGAAACUGAAGGAGACCGUCCUCUUCCAUCCAAAGUGGACAUUGAAAUGGACGGGAAGAUGCUCAACUCCCAUGCUGUGGAUUUCUUGGAUGGAACCUUGACUCUGGACCUGGAUGACAAAGAUCUUGAUGAAGAGGAGGCCAGGCGUGACAUGGCAAAGAUCUUGAAAGAGCUAAAGCAGAAGCAUCCAGAUAAAGAAGUAGAGCAGUUAAUUGAGCUCGCUAAUUACCAAGUUCUUAGUCAACAGCAGAAAAGUCGGGCGUUCUAUCGAUGCCAGGCGACACGACUGAUGACCGGAGCUGGGAAUAUUUUAAAGAAGCAUGCAGCGGAUCAAGCACGAAAAGCUGUCAGCAUGCAUGAGGUGAGGAGCGACAUGGGAGAAAACGAGCCAAUUUCCAAAAUCUAUUUUGAUCCCGGAUCUUAUCAGUGCCUGGAAAAUUGUGGCACCGUGGCGGUCAAUGUGGUGCGCCGCGGUGGAGAUCUUAACCAAACGGUUUCAGUUGAAUUUCGCACAGAAGAUGGGACGGCAAACGCAGGCUCGGACUAUGAAUUCACUGAAGGUACAGUGGUCUUCAAACCGGGCGAGACUCAGAAGGAGAUCCGCGUUGGGAUCAUCGAUGACGACAUCUUUGAGGAGGACGAGAACUUCCACAUCCACCUCAGCAAUGUCCGCAUCAUUCAUGAAAGCGACGAGGCAGAGGAUGCUGAGGCCAAUCACGUGGACACUAUCGCGAGCCUUGGCAUGCCUUCGACCGCCACCGUCACUAUAUUCGAUGAUGACCACGCUGGCAUCUUUACCUUUGAAGAGCCUGUGAUGCACGUGAGCGAAAGUAUCGGCGUGAUGGAGGUGAAGGUUCUCAGAACAUCAGGAGCUCGAGGUGUGGUUAUGGUUCCUUACAAGACCAUGGAGGGCACAGCGAAAGGAGGAGGCGAGGAUUUUGAGGACAGCCAUGGCGUGCUGGAGUUCCAAAAUGAUGAAAUCUUGAAGACGUUCUCGGUCUGUGUGCUCGAUCGAGAGGAGUACAAUAAACAGUCCAGCUUUUAUGUAGUGCUCGAGACGCCACAGUGGAAAAGGAGAGGACACACAAAACACAGAGAGCAAGUGAAGGAUGUGGAACAGGAAGAGGCGGAGCCUCUGACAGGCGAGGAUGAAGAGGAGCGACGCAUCGCAGAGAUGGGCAAACCCAUGCUGGGGGAACACGUCAAACUUGAGAUCAUCAUUGAAGAGUCCUACGAGUUCAAGAACACUGUUGAUAAACUGAUUAAGAAGACGAAUUUGGCGCUGCUGGUCGGCACAAACAGCUGGAGGGAUCAGUUCAUCGAGGCCAUCACAGUGAGCGCCGGGGAGGAUGAUGAUGAUGAAGAGUGCGGGGAGGAGAAGCUCCCAUCCUGCUUCGAUUACGUCAUGCACUUCCUCACUGUGUUCUGGAAGGUUCUGUUCGCCUUCGUCCCGCCCACUGAUUACUGGAACGGAUGGGCGUGUUUUGUCGUGUCAAUCAUCAUGAUCGGCGUCCUGACGGCUUUCAUCGGAGACCUGGCGUGUCACUUCGGCUGCACCGUGGGACUCAAGGACUCAGUCACCGCCGUGGUGUUCGUCGCUCUCGGCACCUCCGUCCCAGACACAUUUGCCAGUAAAGUGGCUGCGAUCCAGGACCAGUAUGCUGAUGCGUCUAUCGGGAACGUGACAGGCAGCAAUGCCGUUAACGUGUUCCUGGGCAUCGGUGUAGCAUGGUCCAUUGCAGCCAUCUACCACCAAUCAAAAGGGCGUGAGUUUCGUGUGGAGCCAGGCAACCUGGCCUUCUCAGUCACGCUCUUCACCAUCUUCGCCUUCAUCUGUGUGGCUACGCUCAUGUACCGGCGCCGACCUGACAUCGGUGGUGAGCUGGGAGGCCCGAGGACUGCCAAAGCGCUCACAACCAUGCUCUUUGUCAGCCUGUGGCUGAUCUAUAUCUUGUUCUCCUCACUCGAGGCUUACUGCCACAUCAAGGGCUUCUAAACACACACACACAAACAUACACAUACACACACACACACACACACACACACAUGGAAUCACACACACAUACCAACACACCAAUGUCCAUAUAAAGAUACUUACACUCACACAGUGUCAUACACACACACACACAGAUUAAGAGAAAUAAUGGAUGCUCAAAGAAAGGAAGCCACGUCAGGCGAUACAUGGAUAGAGUUUUUACCCAUUUCGGCUGAGUAUAGAUAACUGACAUAGAAAGAUUUAAAAAAUGUAAAGGAAAGUAAAUAUAAAGAAAUGAGUAGCUAGUAACAACGGUACUUUGCUAACUCUGCUAAUAAGUUUUAGUUCUUUUUUGUUUCUUUUUGGUUCUGAUUAAAAGCGAUAUGACAACAUAAACUGAGGAACAGCUGAACACAAAUGAAGAGGAAAUGAUUUAUAAUAUGCUGUAAAUUGUUAAAUGUUCAAUUUUAUUUAUUUUCUCUUUGCUGCUUCACACGCCCCUCUACGUGCCUCUGGCUGAAAGACUGAAUCUGAUUGGACCCUUGUUGGCUGGUCAUGGUUCCUCACUGGCUACGCACAGAGGGUGUGAUUUUGCAGAAAAUAAUGCGUUAAAAAAUUUAACACUUGACAACUUGAUAAUAAGCCAGUACUAAAACACUUUACAUCUUACUUGAGCCCAGGUUCCAGGAAAUGAGAGAAUGGAAUCCUGGGUAACGUACUGUAGUUAUGAUGACGUAGAAGUGCACUAUUCAGGUCCUUUUGUGGACUUUUGGUCCUUUCAAUGCCAUUUUCAUUUUUCAGCAACAAAAUCUGUCUAAGCUGUUAAUACCUAACCAUGUUCAUCAUGAUACUGGAUCUAUUUCUCUCACAGGUUAGACUGUACGUACACACUAUCUCUAGAGUUUAAGUUAGUGUUUCAGUGGAAUGUCUUCUCUGCUUGAACAGAAUUUGAAAUUUAAAUGCUAAAGUUGCUAAAAUUUAGUGUCCUACAAUACCUACAAACACACAAAGCAGGUUUACACAAAGCAAUUUAAUUUACCUAAACACUACGAUAACUCUGACUUAUUUAUAUGUCAAUCGUAACGCACCUCCAGCUAAUCACACCUGUUUGAUUGAUUGUAAUUUCAUGUGAAUGUAAAACGUUAACAACGUAAAAAGGUAUUGAGCCACUAAACGUAUGGAGGUGCACAAAAUAACAUUGUUUUAUCGCACAUAGCUUUAAGUAUAACUUAUAGCUUAAAAGUUUUCAUCAUAAAACUGCUGUAGGAGAUAAACAGCAGUUGAAGGGUCGCUGGAAAGAGCAGUGCGCUGUGAUGCGUUAUCUGGAAAAUUGGUUAAUUUUCGCACUUUCAUUUGUAUCAAGUGACAUUGUUCACAACUUUACAAACAUUUCAGUCUUUUUAACCGAAUCAUAAGGUGAAUUAAUCGGUAUAAGUCACUCAUAAUGAUUCAUUGGUGAUUGCUUCAAUCUUUUUUGAAUGAAUCACAGAGCUGAAAUCGUUAAGGCAAGAUUGGACCACAAACACCUCGGCCCUUUUUUGUAAAUGAAUCAUUACAACAAACAAAUCUAAAUUUGAAUUAGUCACUAGACUAUUUUUAUUCAUGACUGAUUCCAUUUUUAAACAAAUCAGAAAGAUAAAUGAAUCAGUAUCAGUCACUAGAAAUGAUUCAUUGCGUAGUUUUAAACGAGUCACUAAACUGAGUCGGUAUCAUUUACUGCCAUGCACUGAGACAUUCCUCUUGUUCAGUUGCUGCUGAUCUGAAUCAUUGAGCUAAACUCCCACCACAUUCUUUAGGUCUAUAUUCUAUUUCUAACCUUCAGUGUUUUGUAAAAGUCUGUGAAUCGUGUGAGUCGUACGUGUAACGGCGUGUGUCCAACCUUUCGGUCACAGCUGAGACUCAGUUGCCCGUCGUUCAGUGAAUUAAUGCCACGCUUUUUGUGUACAGUUAGCUAAUCUGUGUGAGCUAGUAGCUAGCUCAUUUUCUCUGUGUUCAGUGUGUGUUUCUUCCCCGAUAUAGUCGAAUCAGAUGUUCUAAAUUAGCCAACACUCUAACAUUUGGAGCUUUGUGCCCCGUUUUGUUUCACUACAUAUUCAAGUCUUUGCUUUUAAUGUUUGAUUACCUUUAAUUGACGUUAAACAACAUAAUUUUCACGCCCUAAGUGGCCUCAUUCGAUUCUGCGUAUUGUUUCUGCCCGAGUUUACACUGAAGACUGUUCUACACACACACACACACACACACACACACACAGCUAAGGUCAUUCACAUUUUACAUCAUAGUCACUAGAUAAAAUCUCUCUCUCAUGCACACACACACACACACACACACACACACACACACACACACACAUACAGUGCAGUUUACAAGGGCGUGCGUUCCCUCUAGUCCUGCUGAGGUUUAUAAGUAAGGGUAACACUUUAGCAAAUUAGCAUGAGUUAAAAUACAAUUGCUCAAUUUAGUCUGGUUUUAAACCUGUAGAUUAGCCACGAUACGACACUCAGUGUAGCUAGCAUUUUUUUUUUUGGAGAAGGUAAAAAUGUCCCAUUGGACUGUCUUUAAAAUAAACAUUUUUUAUCUUUUUUUCCUUUUAGAGUCUAGAUUUUUGUGCUAAUUUAGAGUAGACAUGCUAGCAGCUAAGACUCAGUACAUUUAUAGUUGAGAUAAACACUAAUUGUAGUGUAGUUUGAUUGAUAAAAAAAAAUGCCAAAGGGAAAAUUGUGAAAUCAUUUCUAAAUCAAAUUCUAGCGAUACAACUGGGUUUUGUAUUUGACGCUAAUGUUUUUUUUACAGAAAGAAAAGAAUUCAAAUGUAAUAUUUGAAAAAUGGCCUUGGAGGACUUUCGUACGAGAAUUUAUACGGAAUAUACAAAUUUACAAUAUACAAAUAUACACAUUGAAUAUAGAAAUAUACACAUUUGGUGGCAAUUCUUAGCAAAUGUUUUAGGGCUGUAGUUUAACACUGAAGGAAAAACGCAAACCUGGCUGUUCCUUUUGGUUUUUAUUUCCUUGUUUUUUUUUCUAAUUCCAAAAAAAAGUUUCCUGAUGUUUCUUUAUUGAGACGAAUGACUUGGAUGGUGUUGCAAUACAAAGAAAAUACACACACAUACAAACACACACUUUACAUUCAAACACAAAACACAAUAAUUUAAAAAAGGACAAAGAAACAGACCCUUGAUAGUCCUUGAAAAACAGUCAAAAGAAAUAAAAAAACAUGACAAUGUGAGAUGAAGAAGAAGACGGUGGACACGUGUGAAUUACAGCCAUACUCUGCCGCAACGGACUUCCUGUGGGCGUGGCCUCCUACUGAUCGCGGCGUGCAUCUCUGAAUGUGUCUGCAUCUCGGUGUGUGUACGUGUGUCGUCACGGUCGGUUGGACACGUCUACAGCGUGCUGUCAGACUCCGGUCCUGGAAUAUGUUGGCAUCAGGUGGUUAGAUAUGAGUGCAAUAGCAAAAACUAUUAAAACUUUAUGUCAGCUGCUAAGCCACAACUCUAAAUAACACUAGAGGAUCUAAAAUGCUAGUAAAUGUCUUUUACGCAAAUUAAAACACUACAUGCAGAAAUGUUACGAAUUGUAAAACGUAUAGAAUCUGGUCCAACAUUGUUCAUAAGUUGCUGUACUAGCUGUAACAUUGCUACACACUCAUGCUUAAAGGCUUUAACUGAGUGGUAUUUUAUACUGUAUAUCCAGGAUUUCACUUUAUACAUCCCACUAAGUAGCACAUUAGCUUACUGCUUUAUUCUGCAACUUUUUAGUCCCAAAUGAAACCCUUUUUUGCCCUAGGGUAAUAACUCAAUUUCUGAGAAAAUGUUUAAUUUGGAAUUUUGGUUUUUAAAAAGGUCAUGAGCAGCCAUGUUGAAUUACGUCAUGUUAUGAUAUUUAGUAAUUGUUUUAUAUUUAACUUUGUAUUAUUGUCUAAAUUCUGCUCGAAAUCUCUAGCACUUAAAAAAAAAAAUAUAUAUAUAUAUAUAUAUAUAUAUAUAUAUAUAUAUAUAUAUGUUCAGGAAUAUAUUAUAUAGUAGGUAAAAGUUUUUGCUAGUUCACUCACACCUGGCUUUGUGUUCAGUUUCAGAGUCUGAUGGAACGUUUGUACGUCUCAGUUUUCCUCCGCACCGAUUGUGGAUGGUGGUCUUGCAUUUCAAAAUCCCUCCCUCUUUCCCGAGCACCCCACCCUAAACCCCGCCCUUUGUUUCAUAUUUGGAAUGUUAACGUGCUAGUUGUUGACACUGUGCAUGGAUGCUAACCUGUCUGUAUAUAGUAAGCAGUAACUCACUCAUUAAUGUCGUUGAUGAACGGUUCUGAAAGAUGUUUGUGUAGAUAUUUCGAUUUUAUUUGCGUUUUUAUCUUGCACAUAUGUUGGAAAGAAAAAAGGCAGUAUCUGUCGUUCCGGACAGUGCCGUGAGGAAUUUAAUGAUGAGGAAUGCAUGGGUACUUGUAUAAAUCGUAAUAUUAAUAAUGAUAACAAUAUUGAUGAUGAUGAAGAUGAAGAUAACAAUAUUAAUGAGGAUAUUAUUAAUAAUAAUAAUAACAACUCCUGUACUUGCUUGUUGCCAUAGUUGUAUUAUUAUUAUUUGAGGAUAGAUUAUUAUAAUUAUUCAUGAAAGGCUACUUUGUCAUUGCAAGUUUGUGUGUAUAUAGUGUACAGUGAAAUUGAGGCAAUUGUGUUAUUGCCUCUGCAUUAUCACAUAUUUAUUUAAAGCCCUUUAUUCAACUCAAGAAUGACAAAUAUUGCCUUUUAGAUGUAUGUCUUAGUUCCUUCACUGAGCAGUGUGUGUGUGUGUGUGUGUGUGUGUGUGUGUGCGUGUGUAUGUGUGUGUGUAUUGUCAUCAUUUUAACCCCUAUGCCCCUCUCGCUGCUCAGAUGGACUCGUUUUUUCAGGGGUUUAAUAAUAUCUUUGAUAAUCUUACUUUCUUGUUUGACUCUCUCUCUCUCUCUCUUUCUCUCUCUCUCUCUUGCUUAAUGACUCUCAACCAUUGACACCUUGCAUUAUCAUGAUUAUGACUUGAAGUUGAGAAGAAAAAGUCGGCACUAACCACCUUGUUUUACAUCAUCAGUUAUCAAACACUAAUAUGAUUUUUUAUAUUUUUAAAUGCUGCAUUUAAAUAAUGACAGUGUUUGUGAGAAGAUCUGACCUAACUGACAUUAGCAAUAAUUAUUUAUUCUUUUUUACUAGCUAGCAUGUUACACCCUUUACUGCAUAGGAAUGAGCGAGUUAACAUUCCCUAAUUUUCCAUUUAGCGCAUUAACAAAGUAGAUAACGAGACAAAAAUUUAGCAUGCUAGUUAUUAUACGACAUCGCUAGCUAACGAGACAAAAUGUGCACUUAUAGCUAGCUAGUUAUACUUAGUUACUAGCUGGCUCUCAUUCUGACUGUUUGUAUUUCCUACCUUAAUCACGAAACUGUUAAAUAUGAAUAUACUUCGCUUUUUAGCUAUAAACCUCCAACCUCAGUUAUUAUUCGUUUAAUAUUAAUAUUUAUGAGGCUAGGCUGGAAUUUCAAACAAACUGCUAAUCAUCACUAUUUAUUACUAUUUUCUUGUCACAAUUCUCACAUUUAACAAUCAAAACAAUGGAACGUAAUUAUUAUUUUAAUAUAAAAAAAACACUAGCAUGUUUAAUUUCCUAGUUGACUAGUGACAGUUUUGCUAACAUGUUUUAAAAGCUGGAGGGAUGAUAAUCACACUGACAUACUAGCUGCGUGCUAAUGAUUAGUUUUGCCGCAUGUUUUGAAAUUAAGAACCUAAAGAACAAGUUUAAAAGCGUGUCACAUUCAACUUCUCUUUUAGGACAGUAAUUGUGACGGAAAUGAUUUAAACUUGUUUUUGUGAUCAUAUUACAGUUAAUUAUAGACUAUUAAUGUUUGAUAACUAAUAAAGUUACACUUCAUUAUUGCAUUAUAGAAUAGUUAUAUACUAUGUCAUCAUUUUUUUUUCCUGACAAAAUUACAGGUAUUUUGAGCCGAAUGGAGAAUCAUGAACGAAGAGCAGUGUUUUAUUCAAACACGUCUGUUCAGAUGCAAGGUGUCUUUAAUAAUUACUUUGCUCUCUCCUUCACACUCCAUCUCUCUCUGGUUCCAAAAAUCUAACAUUUACAUUUUACUCUGAUGAUGAAGAAUUAAAAAUGCUGUUUUUUUUUCAUUAGAUUUUUUUGCUGAUAUUUAAGUUUGCACUCAGACUAAUAAGAAGGAAGUCCACUAACUGUGAUCGCCCCCAUGGUACACCUCUACACAGGAAAUAAAGUUUGGGAAAUCCUGUUUAGA